AUGGCGCCGCCGUCGCGGCACGGGCACGCAGCCGCCGUCCUCUCCGUGUUCCUCCUCCUCGUAGCACCCUACGCCACCGCCAUCGGCGUCAACUACGGCACCAAGGGCGACAACCUCCCGCCGCCGGCCAAGGUGGCGUCGUUCCUGGCCAACCGCACUCGCAUCGACCGCGUGAAGCUGUUCGACACCAAUGCCGACAUGGUCCGCGCCUUCGCCGGCACGGGCAUCGCGCUCAUGGUCACCGCGGGCAACGGCGACAUCCCCAAGCUCGCCACCAAGGACGGCGCCGCCGCGUGGGUGUCCGCCAACGUCGCGCCCUACUACCCGGCCACGGACAUCUCGCUCGUCUCCGUCGGGAACGAGAUCAUGGCCACGGCCGACAAGUCCCUCAUCAACAACCUGGUGCCCGCCAUGCGCGCGCUCAAGGCCGCGCUCGUCGCGGCGGGGUACCCCAAGAUCCGCGUCUCCACGCCGCACUCGCUGGGCAUCCUCUCCGUCUCCGAGCCGCCGUCGGCCAGCCGGUUCCGCGACGGCUUCGACCGCGCCGUGUUCGCGCCGAUGCUCGAGUUCCACCGCCAGACCAGGUCGCCGUUCAUGGUGAACCCGUACCCGUACUUCGGGUACAACGGCGACACGCUCGCGUACGCGCUGGCGCGGCCCAACCCCGGCGUGCCGGACCCCGGCACGGGCAUCACGUACACCAGCAUGUUCGAGGCGCAGCUGGAUUCGGUGUACUCGGCGAUGAAGAAGCUCGGGUUCGGCGACGUGGCGAUCGCGGUGGGGGAGACCGGGUGGCCGUCCAAGGCGGAGGACGGGCAGGUCGGCGUCAGCGCCGCCGACGCGGCAGAGUACAACCGCUACCUCAUCGGCGAGGCCAGCGCCGGGUCGGGCACGCCGCUCAUGCCCAAGCGCACCUUCGAGACCUACAUCUUCUCGCUCUUCAACGAGAACCUCAAGCCCGGCCCCGUCGCCGAGCGCAACUUCGGGCUCUUCCAGGCGGACCUCACGCCGGUGUACGACGUCGGGCUCAUGAAAGACGGGGGGAAGACAGCGCCGGCGCCGGCGCCGGCAGCCACCCAGACAUCCGCCGAAGCCGGAGCGCCUGAAUCCUCCAAGGCCGCCAAGAAACACGACACGGAGGCAGCGGCACCCGCAGAGACGACGACCGCGUCGGCACCCGCGCCGUCGUCGGAGGACGACGACGCGGCCGCCGGACCAUCACCGGCGGGGGCGCCGGCACCGGCACCGGCAGAGGGUGGUUCGACCGACGGCGAUGACAAGACGACGGAGGAGGAAGGAGGAGGUGACGCUCCGGCCGCGGCGGCCGCCGGCGACUCGUCGGAGGCAGCAGCCAAGAAAGCCGAAGCCUCGCCGGCGCCGGAGGGAGCCGCUUCAGCCGCCACCGACCUUCUCGUCCCCAUCUCUUCCAUGCUCACGGCUGCUCUGUCCAUAGCUUUUCACAUUUAGCUCCCCGUUCACGUUGUUGCAACAAUUAACGACAAUUUCA